AUGUACCGGGGUAACAUGUCUUUGAAUUAUAUUAAGAACUUCUAUGAAGGAUGUCUCAGGCCCCCGACCGUCAUUGGGCAGUUCCACAUCCUCUUCUUCGGUUCGGUGCGAAUGUUCUUCCUGGGAGUGCUGGGCUUCGCCGUCUACGGGAAUGAGGCCCUGCACUUCAGCUGCGACCCCGACAGGAGGGAGCUCAACCUAUUUUGCUACAACCAGUUCCGGCCCAUCACGCCCCAGGUAUUUUGGGCUUUGCAGUUGGUCUCCGUUUUGGUUCCUGGAGCAGUAUUCCAUCUACAUGCCGCUUGUUGCAACAUUGAUCAAGAGUUGAUCCUUCAGAGAUCAUCAUUCACUGUCUUCUACAUCAUUUCUGUCCUGUCCAGGAUCAUCCUGGAGACUGUGGCUUUCUGGCUGCAGAGUCACCUGUUUGGAUUCCAGGUCCAUCCGAUCUUCAAGUGCAAUGCCACAUCCCUUGACAAGCGUUUCAACAUCACCAAGUGCAUGGUCCCUGAGCACUUUGAGAAGACAAUUUUCCUGAGUGCCAUGUACAUCUUCACUGCCAUCACACUGCUCCUGUGCAUUGCUGAAAUAUUUGAGAUACUUUUCAGAAAGUUUGGCUAUUUGUCUACGCAAUAACCAACCUGCCACUGAUCUACACAAUAGCCGACCUGUCACUGAUCUGUCUGAAGAUGGGUUUCGGCCCAAAACGUUGCCUAUUUCCUUUUCUCCAUAGAUGCUGCUGCACCCGCUGAGUUUCUCCAUCAUUUUUGUGUACCACUGAUCUGACAGAUUCUGCUUAUUUAUCAGUCAAUCUCAGCAGACACAAACGAAUCACAGUUGAAAGUAGCUUUCAAACUUUGCUGAGAUACUGUGGAAAACAGUAUUUGUCAAAAUUAAUGAUCUAUUUCUAUCAUUCUAGGAUUUAAUUUUGGGAAUUAGCUAAGUAGACAGAUUUGCUCCUCAAAACACAUGAAUUCUAUUACUAGCAGAACAGAAUUUAUUUUAAACCCUUGAAGUGGAUAAACUGAAUUACACAAUAAUUACACAAUAACUCUUCAAUAAACAUGAUUACAAUUCAGUUAGGAUACAAUUUCUACAUCUUGAUAAAAUGUUUAUAACAAAAUGCGCACAAUGGUAAUGUAUGACGAGUUUGCAUUAGCAACUUGUCCUUUAUCUCUGGUGCAAAAGAUCGGUCAGCAGAAUUUAUGCACUUUCUGGGGGAAUCUAUAUAAACUGACAUUUCGGUUAAUAGAGAACUUGGAACAGUACAGCACAGGAACAGUACAGCACAGGAACAGGCUACUCAGCCCACAAUAUCAGUCGAAAAUAAUGCCUCCUUAAACCAAUGUCCUCUGCCUGUAUUUGAUCCAUAUCUCUUCACUCCCUGCAUAUCCAUGUGCCUAACUAAAUGCCAUUGGUGUAUCUGCUUCCACAAUCACUCCCGACAGUAUGUUCUAGGCACCCACCGCUCUCUGUGUCAAAAAAUAUGUUCCGCACAUCUCAUUUAAACCUUGCCCCUCUGACCUUAAAGCUUUGACAUAUCCAAUCUGGCAAAAAAGUUGUGAUUGUCUACUAUCUCUAUGUCUCUCAGUAAGCAUCCAGGAACAGCAGGCAGUGAAGAAAGCUAAUGGCAUGUUGGCCUUCAUAACAAGAGGAGUUGAGUAUAGGAGCAAAGAGGUCAUACUGCAGUUGUACAGUACCCUGGUGAGACAACACCUGGAGUAUUGCGUGCAGAUUUGGUCUCCAAAUUUGAGGAAGGACAUUCUUGCUAUUGAGGGAGUGCAGCGAAGGUUCACCAGGUCAAUUCCCGGGAUGGCUGGAUUAUCAUAUGUUGAAAGAAUGGAACGACUGGCUCGUAUACACUGGAAUUUAGAAGGAUGAGAGGGAAUCCUAUUGAAACAUAUAAGUUUACUAAGGGAUUGGACACACUAGAGGCAGGAAACAUGUUCCCAAUGUUGGGGGAGUGCAGAACCAGGGGCCAGAGUUUCAGAAAAGGGGUAGGCCAUUUAGAGCGGAAAUGAAGAAAAACAUUUACACCCAGAGAGUUGUGAAUCUAUGGAAUUCUCUGCCUCUGAAGGCAGUGGAGGCCAAUUCUCUGGACGCUCUCUCUUGAGUUAGAUAGAGUUCUUAAAGAUAGCAAAGUCGAGGUAUAUAGGGAGAAGGCAGGAACGGGGUACAGAUUGUAGAUGAUCAGCAUGAUCACAGUGAAUGGCGGUGCUGGCUCGAAGGGCAGAAUGGCCUACUCCUGCACCUAUUGUCUAUUUCAUAAACUUCUAUCAGAUCUCCGAUCAAAAUCGGAUUCUCCAGGGAUAACAAUGAAUGUUUGAUAUUUUAAGUGUAGAAACUCUUGGCUUUAUAAUCCAGAUACUGCAGAUUGAAUUCUGAUCACCCUGAUGGGGUUGUAGGAAAGAAAAUUGCCUGCCUGCUGCAUAAUCUUGGUGGGGUCGGGUGUGACUAUGCCCUGCCAUUGCUGCAGUCACGUAUCUGGUGGAAUCAGUUGCCUAAAUAAAUCAGUGUCCAGACUAGUGUUUCUGUGCAAUAUCACCAUUACAAUGAACAUAGAAAUACAAAUAACCCCAACCCGAACCACAAAGAAAAGGACAGCUCUAGUUUAAUAUGGGAUUAAGUCAGCUACAAAGAAUUUGCAUUCUGUUUACUCAGAGAGUUUAACCCCUGCAUUUUGCUGAGUCCGGGAAUCUAUUGACAGGAAUCCAGCCAGUGUUUUCGUGCCAGCUGACUUCACAUGGCAACGGUUUACUAUUUGUUGAAUUUGUGCAGAUGAGUGAGAGUGCCUUAUAAAGGUGAACAACACAGCACCGCAUUGUUAAUCUCACCCGAAGAGCUGAUGCUGCCAGAGGCAGAGCGUUGAAUGGCUCCCCUGUAAUCGGAGAUCAGGAGUUAGUAGGGAGGGGCACAUUAGAUGAUGAAUUCCCACACUUGGGCAUUUAGUGUAACAACACUGACUCACAGGGAGACUCAGUCAUACACCAAAGAAACAAGCCCUUUGGCCCAUUGAAUCAUAAAGCAUCAAUUUGUACCCAUUUGCCUCUUUUUAUUCUCCCCACUUUUUAUCAUUGCAAAUAUUUUCCUCUGAUAUUUCAGGAAGGCAAAAAAAAUGGCAUCAAUAUCCAUUUUCUGAUUUAGAGAAUGUCAGUUGACUUUAAUGCAUCUGAAUUUCAAAGAAAGAUUUGUCACACGUAUGUUACAAAUGCUCCUCUUUACCACAGACAACGGAGGAUGAAUUCCCUAUCUUAUUGGUUGUCAUUUGAGAUGACAUUGGUAUUACCAAAGUCCCCUCCCACUUGCAGUGCAAUCUCUUUUGUGCUGCAAGCUUCAAGAAAUAGGAGGUGAUGAAAUGGGAGGUGAAUUUCUGGGACCUGGGUGAAUGAUUAUAUCAAUGGCUUAUCAGCAACAAGACUUAAACCUUGGGAAAGAAUGACACUGAAGCAAGCUGGAUGAAUGAGAGAAAUAGCAAGGAGGGGAAAAUUGUGAAGAGAGAAAACUGGAAGAAACUCUAGUGUAUGGAUGAGUGAGUCUCUACGUUAUCCUGGCCAAAGUGGUUGGCUGGUGUGACAGAAUCAAAACCUCAUGUUUAAUGGUUAAGGAUCACCCAAGCACUUGUGCAAAUGGAGCAAUGUCUUGAAGUUCACAAGAACACUGAGGGUGAGGUCCUGUUCUAGUGGACCCAACAUAAAUGUGCGUUAUUCCAUUACUCUCCUGUCAUGAUUUGCUGUUGUUCUUAAACAGGCACAAAGUUCUGAAGGAACCAUCUCUACUUACUCCUAAAUCACCAGCCACAGAGGAUCUUGAUCCGAUGCCAGAAACAAUUUGUGCUCUGGCUAAUACAAUGUGGAGGCUGACACUGACACUCCAUUCACCACCCUCCACUAUGAAGGGUACCAAAUGGGCUGAGAUAAAAACUUAAUUGCAUGAUGAAUCUGCAACUGUCUGGUCAAACUUAACCUUCGAAUCUUGUUCGUUGGUGUUUGUAAUGAUGCAAAUAAAAAUAAACUUUAUUUGUCUCUCACCCCUAUACAUAGGAAGGUAAUUUUGCUUGAUGGCCUAUUUCCUUCUUUACAUUCACUCAGUAAUAGACCACAGGGAUUGGCUUCAUUAUUGUCCAAUAUGUAGUAAGAGUAUAGUUAAUGUGUAAUCAUGUUUAACAUGUUUAAUCCUGGAUUAACCUCCUCAGCCCAGGCAUCAGGUUGUAAUUCCACGUUGCCGUUUAAUGCAUGCCCAAUGUAAAGCAAUCAUCUCAGGUAAACUUGCGCCUCUGUAUGCAGUCUUCUUAGAUCAGAUCCGGUAAUGACUUUCAGUCCAAGGACUACCUGCUGUACAAAAGGUUUAGCUAAUUUACAAAUGUUUACGGACACUGUACUACCUAGAACAAAAAAAUAAAAUAUUUCUAUGCUUGACAUUCUUGGUCCAACCUUGUGCAUUUUGUACUAGUAAGAAACAGAAGGAGAUGUUGAAAGAUUGAGAUUGAACGGAAUGGGAGAACAGUUGUAUGGAGCAUAAUAACCAGUAUGGCUAAAAUGAGCUUAAUAGCUUGUUUCUUUGCAGCAAAUUCCAAACAAUGUAAUUUAAUUAUAAAUGCAAGGAUUUGGGAAGAUGUGAAAAAUGAAACUUGCAAGUAAUUGAAGGAAGGCAGAUGUUCAGAUGGUUCUCAGAAAAUCAGUGAUUACUUCAGAAACAGCAGCAAUGGAAAUUUGUAAAAAAUCAUUCAAAGCCAGCUGUGUUUGAAGAACAUUUGCUUUUUGAUGAAACAUUGUAGGACAUUUAGUACAAACAUAGAACAGCAAGGCAUGGAUGGAACAUUGCCUGUGCCAAAAUGAUGUCAAAUUAAACUAAUCCCCUCUUGUUUACAUGUAAUUCAUGUCCUUGCAUUCCCUGCAUAUUCAUGUGUCCAUCUAAAAGCAUCUU